AUGAGUGACGUGACAAAUGGGUACUUGGAAACAAGAUUGGAUUGGAUCCAAGGGAUGAACAAGGACAUCAAAUUACGGGAUUUCCCGAGCUUCAUUCGAACCACAGACAUAAAUGAUACCAUGCUCAAUUAUCUCAUGACGGAAUCUGAAGCUCUCCCUAAAGGUUCGGCUGUCGUGAUCAACACAUUCGACGCCUUAGAACAAGACAGUCUUACACCGUUAAUCGCCAAGAACCCACGAACCUUUAGCAUAGGUCCACUUCACUUGAUGCAACAACACAUUCAUGAUGAUCAACUCAACCCCAUUGGGUCCAACCUGUGGAAGGAGGAUACGAGCUGCAUCACUUGGCUCGACACAAAAGACCCUGGCUCAGUUAUUUACGUGAACUUUGGAAGUAUUACGAUCAUGACAAAAGAACAACUCAUCGAGUUUGGGUGGGGGCUUGCUAAUAGCAAGAAAGAUUUCUUGUGGAUAACGAGACCAGAUAUUGUUGGAGGUGAUGAAGCCAUGAUGCCACCAGAGUUUGUCGAUGAGACCAAAGGGAGAGGUAUGGUGACUAGUUGGUGCCCACAAGAACAGGUUAUGAAGCACCCGGCAAUAGGAGGAUUCUUGACUCAUUGUGGUUGGAACUCGACUAUUGAGAGUAUUAGCAACGGGAUUCCACUGAUCUGUUGGCCCUUUUUUGCAGAGCAGCAAACAAAUUGUCGAUAUAGUUGUGUAGAAUGGGGGAUUGGGAUGGAAAUCAAUACGGAUGUGAAGAGGGAGGAGGUGGAGGUUCAAGUGAGGGAGAUAAUGGAUGGAGAGAAAGGGAAGAUGAUGAAGAACAAGAGUUUGGAGUGGAAGAAGAAGGCCGAAGAAGACGUGGCUAUUGGUGGAUCAUCUUAUAUCAACUUCCAUAAACUAAUUACAGAUGUUCUACUCAGAAAUUAAAGUCGAUAUUCAGCUGCUAGCUGCUAGUUAUUAAGUCUUCCAAACAGUCAUUUUUUAAUGUUGUUAUCUACUUAUUUUGUAAUAAAUGUUACACAUAUAUCUAGUGGACACCUGUGGCAAUUCCAACCGUUUUUAGAUGUAAAGCAUUCGUCAGUCAAAAUUGGUCUGUAAGAUGCGAUGGACAAUUAUUAUGGACAAAUACUAAAAUCCAAUCUAGUGAUAAAUUUAU